UCGAAACUUGUGGCCACUUGUUCAAAUCCAAUCCUUUGCAUGCAAACUGCUUGGAGCGAGAGUCACUUUUACAGGCAGAUCAAACUGGUUCUUGAAAUUUAUAGGUGUUCCAUAGAUCUCUGUACUCAUGCGCUUGUAGAGUUAAAAAGAGUUACAUAGAUUGCUUCCGACGAGUUUGCACAUAGAACACCUCUUUAGGACUUAGAAGCAUAAAGCUCCAACUCUAGAGAAAGAGAGAUAAGUGAGCUAAUGGAGCCUUCCAGCAAACUCCACCGAGCUCACGUACUAGUCCUCCCUUACCCCGCCCAAGGCCACAUAAACCCCAUGCUCCAAUUCUCCAAGCGCCUCGUCUCCAGAGGACUCAAGGCCACCCUCGCCCUCACCGUCCACCUCACUGGAUCCAUGCACACCGACCCCUCCCCGUUCAUCGACCUCGAAACGAUCUCCGACGGCCACGAUGUCGGCGGCUUCAUGGAGGCAGAAUCCAACGAGGCCUACCAGAUGGACCUCCAGGUCGUCGGGUCGAGGACCCUGGCUGAGCUGAUCCACAAGCUCGACCGCUCGGGCCGACCGCUUGACGCGGUCAUCUAUGACGGAUUCCUCCCGUGGGCACUCGACGUGGCCAAGCAGUGCGAUAAGCUCGGAGUGGUCUUCUUCACGCAGACAUGCGCGGUCAACAACAUAUAUUACCACGUGCAGCGCGGCUUGCUCCCGCUCCCGCUUCCGCUUUCGGAAGGAAGCGUCAGGGUCCCGGGGCUGCCGCCUCUGAAGCCGUGGGAGGCACCGUCGUACGUGUAUGAGCUGGGGUUAUACCCUGCCUUUUACGAUAUGGUGAUAAACCAAUUCACGACCGUGGACGAUGCAGAUUUCGUGCUCUUCGACACCUUCUACGAGCUAGAGAAAGAGGUUGUCGACUGGAUGUCCGCCAAUCUGUGGCCGCUAAAGACCGUCGGCCCCACCCUUCCCUCCCUCUACCUGGACAAGCGCCUCCCCAACGACACCGCGUACGGCGCCAACCUUUUCACCCCGACCACCACCUCCACCGUCUCCGCCUGGCUCCGUCGCCACCCGCCCCGCUCCGUGGUCUACGUCUCCUUCGGCAGCAUGGCGGACCUCGACCCCUCCCAGUUCGCCGAGCUCGCCCACGGCCUUGCCCUCGCUGGUCACCCCUUCAUCUGGAUCGUCCGAUCUACCGAGCAGCACAAGCUCCCUCGGGAUCUAAUGGACUCGAUCCCCUCGGAGGAAGCUAUAAUCCUCCCGUGGUGCAAUCAACUGGAGGUCCUUGAGAGCGAUGCGAUCGGAUGCUUUGUCACGCACUGCGGGCUCAACUCAGUGAUCGAGGCGAUCUGCCUGGGGGUCCCGAUGGUGGCGAUGCCGCAGUGGACGGACCAGCCGACGAACGCCAAGUUCGUGGAGGAUGUGUGGAGGGUCGGGGUCAGGGCUAGGGCCGACGAGGCAGGGGUCGUUGGGAGGGAGGAGGUGGAGAGGCGCGUGACGGAGGUGGUGGGAAGAGGAGAGCGAGGGAGGGAGAUGGCGGAGAGCGCGAGGAGGUGGAUGGCAGCAGCGAAAGCGGCGAUCGGGGAAGGCGGGAGCUCCGACCGGAACAUCGAUGAGUUCGUGGAGGAGCUGAUGAGUCGUGCGUCGAUAGAGUAGUAGAAGAACAAUACAUAAGAUUGAUUAGAGUAUUUAUGUCAAAGUAAGGUUUGAGAUCACAAUCACCGCCCUAUGCGGCUGGAUUCUCAUGAUGGACAUACUAAUAUGGCCUCUCUUUUCCUCGCUUUUUUCAUACAAAAAAAGAGAGGACAAGAUUAAAGGAAGAAAAAUCUAGGGCAGGA